AUGUCCGGAAUCCCAGCUGAUAUACUUGCAAAGUAUCCCUCACUAGCUAAAUUCAAUAACACUGAUGUCGAAUCCCACGAUGGCCGUGAGGCUACCCUCCUGAAAUACAUCUACAGUCACCCCUCGCUGGAGCAGCUGCGUGGCUCGCCGGCCGCCAUCUGUGCUGUGAUGGAUGAGUUCGCUGCAAAGGAAGAGUUCCUCAUCAAUAUUGGAAAAGACAAAGGGCCAAAGGUGGUGAACCUGAUCAAGGAGGAAAAGCCCUCUGUCUUGGUUGAGUUUGGUGGGUAUGUGGGCUACUCUGCCAUCUCGUUUGGUGAUGCUAUGCGUCAGGCUGCAGGACCAGGACAGGAACUUCGUCUUUGGAGUCUUGAGUUUGACCCUGUUAUUGCAUCCAUUGCUAUGAACUUGAUUGACCUCGCUGGUUUGAGCGAUGUUGUCAAGGUUGUUGUGGGGUCUGCGGCGGAUUCGCUAAAGAGACUCCAAGCUGAGGGCAAGCUUAGCAGUAUCGACUUUGUGUUUCUGGAUCAUGACGAGGAACUUUAUCUAUCUGAUUUUCAGGUUUGUGAAGACCUUAAGCUUCUUCACCCUGGAUCUUUGAUCGUGGCGGAUAAUGUGGUUCGGCCUGGAGCUCCCAAGUAUCGUGAGCAUAUGCGCCAGCAUGCCGGGGUGGAAAGCUGGGGUAUUAAAGGCUUGAUCAUGCCUGGUGACUUUGAGGAUGAAAUUGAGGUGUCACGCGUUAAAUAG